AUGAAAAAUGAAACAUUUGGUUCUGAAAAUACAGAUGAUCGAAUAUUUAUAGUUCAACUUGAUGUACAAGAUGAAGCGUCGAUCAAAACAGCCAUUGAAGUAAUAUUGAACAAAUGGAAAACAAUAAAUAUUCUUAUCAACACAGCAGCUAUAUUUACACUUGGUUAUGUUGAAGAAGUUUCCUCUGAUGAUUGGUCAAAUAUUAUGAAUGUUAAUGUUCGUGGCUAUGCUUUAAUGAACAAACACAUUAUACCUAUUUUUGAAAAAAGUGGUUCAAUUAUUCAUUUAGCUAGCGCUGCUGGACUUGUUUCUCAUGCAAGUUUUUUUCCUUAUGCAACGUCAAAAGGUGCGAUUAUUCAAAUGACACGAAAUUUAGCACUUGAUCUUGAUCCAUUCAAUAUUCGAGUCAAUUCAAUAAGUCCGGGCGCCAUUGAGUCUCCAACAUUGUAUCGAACAGCAGUUGAAACAGGUGUUACCAAAACACAAUUUGAUGAGAACCAUGGAGGAAAACAUAUUAAACGAUUGGGUCAUCCACAAGAAAUCGCUAAUAUGGCUGUUUUCCUUACUGCAGAUCUGUCCUCGUUUACAACUGAAGCAAAUGGUGUUAUUGAUGGUGGAUAUACGAUUGUUUAA